UGUUGUUGUAUGUGCAUAUGUAUUCGCACAGUGGAAUAUUCAGUGUGAAUUCAGAUCUGACACAGUUUAUGAGCCCAGUAGGGAUCAAAGGUGCCCUAUCAGACGAAAAUGUACUCUGGUAGGCACUGGAAGUUUUAUAGCUGUAUCUGCAUGCGGGAAUGUGUGUGAACAUGUGUACAAUGCAUGUAUGUGUAUGCAUGCCCACAAAUAGCAUGCAUUUUCAUGCUAGGGGAAAUCGUCAAAUCGUCACAAGGUUUUCUUUUCUUGUUGAAGUAUUGUGUGGUGCAGAGAGCCAGCCAAGGGAGCUCUCUCACAGUUUCAUAAUCUUCUCUUGUGAUAAUACAAUUAUGCGUGACAGUAAAAUUUUACAAGAGGGUGGACUGGCUUCCUCGCUGAGAACAGAGUUUCACACUUCAGAUUAAACAUUAAACCCAAACGCCAUCCCUCACGAAGGAGGGAGGGAGGGAGAGAGGGAGGAGUUGCAGAGGGCAGAUAAAACACUCUUUAAAUCCCACUCUGCACUGCAGCUCACGCCUCUAAGCAGCCUCUCCACUCCAAGCACCUGGGACUAAGGAUAUGAAAGAGAACACAGGAUAUGGGGAUAUCAUGGAGCUAACAGAGAAAUUCACUUUCAAUCCAAAAGAGGGGAUUGACAAUCCAGCUCUGGUCAUCUCAGAUGAUACAGCACCUGCUCCAGGGCUCGAGGUACGUUUGUGUGUGCUUAAACGCAAGGAGGGAGAGAGUUUUGGGUUCCACCUGCGCAUUGAGAGGGGCUGCCGAGGUCAUGUGAUCAGGCAGGUGGAGCCGUGGGGCUUGGCCGAGCGUGCAGGGCUGAGGGACGGCGACCGACUGCUAGAGGUCAACGAGAACUUUGUAGAUGAGCUCGAGCACAUACAGGUUGCUCAGAAAAUCCAGGUGGGGGGGCCUCAGCUGUGUCUGCUGGUGCUGGGAGGAGAUGAGUAUGACCAGGCCGUGUCAGAGGGCCUGGAUCUCCGGGCCCUGGCCAGGGGCCAACGCGGGCAGGACUGCGCCCGACCCCGGCUUUGCCACAUCACCAGGGACCCCGGAACUGGCAUGGGCUUCAGCAUCAUUACUGUCGAGGGAGAGAAAGGCAAGUACUCUGUGAGCACAGUGGCCGGGGGUCCUGCAGAGCGAGCAGGGGUCAGGAGGGGGGACCACCUUGUGUGGAUCAACGGUGCCAUAGCAUCAGAACUCACACAGUCUGCAAUCAACAAGAUGGUGAAGAGGUGUGGAAACCAUUUGACCGUGCUGGUGAUUGACAGCGAGAGCGAGAGGAGCUACGCCCGUCGGCGGAUGCCCAUCCUGCCAGCCAUGGCUGGAGCCCACAACCUGCCGCACUGCCCCCUGAGGCUCCACCUGCAGCAGGGGCCUGACGGGUAUGGCUUCCUGCUCAGACAAGAGAAGUCAGCUUCGGGGCGAAUCGACCACAGGCUGCGUGAAAUAGACUCCGGCAGCCCGGCGGAGCUGGUGGGGAUGCAGGAUGGGGACGCGCUAUUGGCCGUGAACGGGGAGGUGGUGGAGAGCAUGGAGCACGAUGACAUCGUCCACAGAAUCCGGCAGAGUGGGCAACAGGUCACCCUCACCGUCAUCCAUGCUCAGGGAAGGAACUUCUUCACUCAGUUGGGGCUGUCUCCUCUACUUUAUCACGUGCAUGAAAAAGAACAGACGAAUACAACAGUGCCCUCUGCUGGUUCACCAAAGGAAGAACAGGCUGACUUACCCUGUCCACGCCUGUGCGUCUUUGAAAGAGGGCCCACUGGGUUUGGCUUCCACUUGGGCUGCUUUGAGCAAGAGCCAGGAACCUUCAUAGGCCAGGUGGCGGAAGGGGGACCAGGACAGAAUGCUGGUCUCUUUCAAGGUGAUGUAGUGGUGGAAGUAAAUGGACAGAAUGUGGAGGAGGAAUUUCUGGAGGAUGUGGUCCUUAUGGUGAAGGAAGGAGGGAGGUCUCUUAGUAUGCUGGUGGUGGACAGGCCUGGGUACAAGAGGCUGAAACAGACUGGCACACCCAUUACUCCAAGCCUCAUUCCACAUUUUAUUAAGGAUGAAAAAACCACAGAUGUUUCUGUGAUGUGACAAAACAUCAGCGACCUCAAAAUGAGCCGUUUUAUUUAGAAAAUUACAAUGAUGAAGUAAGCCACAUUACUUGUUCAUUUGGUGCUGAGAGAGAAUGUUCCAGGGAAUGCAACAGAAGACAAAGCACUGGUCAUGACGCUGCCAGUCUUGCAGAAACUGCAAGAGACCCAUUCUGAAUGAAUGCAAAUUAAGGCACCUUUCCUGUGAGGGGAACAGGAACUGCACACCUUAAAGAGUUUUUUUUCGAGACAGUAUAGUCUUAUAUGUGUGCUUGUGUAUACUUACGUGCAUGUGUAUUUAUGCUUGCGUGUAUGCACCUGUAUCUAUGUGUGUGUGUGUGUGUGUGUGUGUGUGUGCGCAUGUGUUCGUGUGAGAUCUUGUGUCAUACUGCUGGACACCAAAUGAAAGACAGCAACCCGCUAGCUACCUUCUUAAUCCUGCACAGAACCUAUGCCAUGGCAUUUCAGCCACCAUCUGAGCCUUACAGUCCACAGAGACACUGCUGAAGCUCCUGAAUUAUACCUUGGACCCCCAUGUAUAUGACAUCCUACUGAUGAUCAUGUGACAGAAUAUAUGAGAAUGCAAGAAAAAGAACCAAGGUACAAAAACAAGAAACAA